AUGGUACAUGGUACAAAAGCAGAUGUCUUUUGCCCAGAAGCUACAGCUUUUUACAAUGGUAAAGUUGACUUGGGUGACCAAAUAUCUGGAUUGUAUGAAAUGUUAGAAAAAGUCUUUUUUAGACUAACAAGGGUAGCGGCUGUUAAUAGUUGGAUUACUUACAACCAACUGAAUCGCAAGACAAUUACAUUCAAGAAUUUUUUACUGGCAGUAGGUGAAGAUGUAGUAACAGAAAGGAAGAGCUUUAAAGAAAACGAAGAAUAUGAUAGAAUGUAUCAUCAUCAAAUGUGUCUAUGA